AUGUUAAAAACCCUUUUUAGAUUUAUAAUUCUUAAUUAUUUUGACACUUUUUAUAAUUCACGUUUUGUUCAAAAUUCUUUGUUCUGUAAAUGUCUGAUGCUGUGCUUUUCAAUCACAGAAGAAAAAACCAUCAAAAUAAAAUGUCAAAUAGACAGUUAUAAUAUGAUGAUUGUUUCACAAUUUUUUAAGUCUCUAAAUGACUUUAUCCACAUCGAAUUUGUAUGUAAAAAGUACAAAGACAAUUUAUCCAAAUUUCACUACAACCCGAUUCCUAUAACUCGAAAAACUCAAAAAUACUUUCCAAAUUUGGAAACCCUACAUUUAUAUUCAAAAUAUUCGUCAAAACUUUCUUUUAAAAAAUUGUAUUCCGUUGUUGUUCAUUUUAAUGUGAAAUUCGAUGACAUUCAAAAAUUGCAUAUUAAGAAUUGUCCAGUCGAAAACGUUCUUUAUAAAAAUAUUGAAAUAACACGAGAAUAUAUAAAAUCUCAACAAUUACCACCAGAAGCAUUUUUUAAUGUAUCACACGACAUAAAUUAUAUAAAUCUAACCAACUUUGUCGUUCCUCAAAAAGUUCUUUCCAUUAAUCGUUUUUCGUUUUCAUAUUGUGCGAUGAAUUCAAUUCAAUUCAAUGACUGUCUCAGGUCGAUCGACAAAUACGCGUUUUAUUGUGUGCGAUUACUGUCAAAAAUCGAACUUCCAGAGAAUAUUACACAACUCAAAAGAAAGUGCUUUGGGCACUGCUUGUGUUUGAAGAAUGUUGCAAUUAAAAGUCGCGUGAAAGAACUUCCAAUAGAAAUGUUUUGUGGAUGUAGUUGUUUGACUUUUAUCAGUUUGCCUACAACACUCACUUGUAUCAAGAGAAAAUGCUUUGAAGGUUGUUUUUGGUUGCCAAAUAUCAGUAUUCCAGAAAACGUUGAAAUUAUAGGAGAAAGGUGUUUUAAAAAUGAUAUUUAUCUUACUAAUAUUAUACAUGGAAAUAAAAUCAAAUAUAUAGGAAAGGGAACAUUUGAUGGGUGUAAAAAUUUAAAUCAUUUGGACUUGUUAAAAAGAUAA